AUGAAUAUCAGGGACUACCUGGUCGAGGAGGCCCGGGAUGAGGCCCUCGAACUGUCCAUCCUCGGCAUCAAGGAGUUUGAAAGAAUCGCCAAGAGCAGCAGGAUCAACCUCAGCCGCCACCACAUCAUGGACGACCGCCACAGACUCACCGAGCAAAUCAGGGACUGCGUGAAGCAGAAGAUUCUCGAGGUCGUCCUCGAUGAAAAGCGAUACAGCGAGAUGCUCAAGAAACUGAUCGUCCAGGGCAUGAUCAAGAUGUCCGAGCCCGUCAUCCACAUCAAGUGCAGGAAGGAGGACGCGCAGCUGGUCGAGCGAGUGCUGCCCUCUUGUCAUCAGGCGCUUGCUGACAUCUACAGCACCGAAAACAUCACAACCUUCCCGAAGACUGAGCUGAAGGUCGACCACGACGACUACCUGCCGGGCGAGGGCGCAGAGGACGUGCUGGGCGGGGUGGAGCUGACUAGCGAGAGUGGGACAAUCGUGUGCAAGAACACCCUAAACGCCAGGCUGUAG